AAAAUAAAAAGGUGAAAGUACUCGUAAUUAGGCAAACAAUUUCUCAUCGAUGUUUGUGUCUCCUCACCGGAUGAAAACACCACUCUAAAACACACGCACACAGACGCUGGUGGAUUCUACAAUUCUCUCUCUCUCUCUCUCUCUCACACACACACAUCUCUCUCCCUCCCUCUCUCUGUCUCUCUAUCUCUCUCUUUCCGAUACUGAUUCUUUGUGCAAUCGCCGAUCCUCUCCGGCGUCUUUAAUCGCCGAUUCCGAUCAUCUCGCCGUCAAUUCCGGCUCCGAUCACUUCGGGCAAUUCUGAUCGGCGUCGAUUACUGUUUUACAUCUAUUCUCCUCUCAAUCAUUAAAAAUUUCUUAAUUAUUCUAUUCAAUUUAAUUUAUGAUGGAUCUAUGAUGAAACUCGCGGUGUUGUGAAUUCAAGUGAGGUUUUGUGGAUGAGAAUGGGAUUGCAAUCUUCUGGUGAAUUCUACAGAUUUACCGGAAGGUUAAUUUAUCGGCUCGACUUGCAAUCCCUUCGAUAAUUUCACAUUUCUUACUAAUUAUUGGCUUGUAUUGUGAUAUAUUAUUAUUCAGUGGUGUGGUUUGAUGGAUGAAGUUGGAAGUAGUUGUAGUAAUAGUAAGGAAGUAGGGGAUAAACCCUUGGAUGUGCCGUGGCGUCCUCGCCAGCUUGUUUUCAGUCCUUAUGCUCCGACUGAUGGUGCAUUUGCAAAGACUCAAUCUUUGCGUGUUUCUGUUAGAAGGCCUUUGGUGGCAAGACUAACAAAGGACAUUGUUGAGACAUACCAAGCAUGCAAUCCUCAGUUUCAGUUUUCAGAAGACUUGAAUCCAAAGCGGUUUUUGACAAGCCCGUCUACUGGAGUAUUAAAUGAUGGCCAUGACAAUGCGAAUUCGGAUCUAAUUUUGUCUGUUAACUUACCAUUGAUUAAGAUGGAAACUCAGCAAAGAUACAUUGUUAAAGAAAUGCUUGGCCAUGGGACCUUUGGGCAGGUGGCAAAGUGUUGGGUUGCAGAAUCCAAGAGUUUUGUUGCUGUGAAGAUCAUAAAAAACCAACCUGCGUACUAUCAGCAAGCGCUGGUUGAAGUUUCUAUACUGACAUCGUUAAAUAAGAAGUUUGACCCCGAAGAUAAGCAUCACAUUGUUCGCAUAUAUGAUUACUUUGUCUUUCAACGACACUUGUGCAUUGCUUUUGAGUUACUUGAUACAAAUCUGUACGAGCUUAUAAAGUUGAAUCAUUUUAGGGGAUUAUCAUUGAGCAUUGUUCAGCUGUUCUCAAAACAGAUAUUGCACGGUUUGACGUUGAUGAAAGACGCUGGCAUAAUUCACUGUGAUCUCAAACCAGAGAACAUCCUUUUGUGCACAAGUGUAAAGCCAGCAGAAAUUAAAAUUAUUGACUUCGGUUCAGCUUGCAUGGAAAAUAGGACUGUGUACUCUUAUAUCCAGAGUCGUUAUUAUAGAUCACCUGAAGUUCUUCUUGGAUAUCAUUACACAACUGCAAUAGAUAUGUGGUCAUUUGGGUGCAUAGUUGCUGAAUUGUAUCUUGGACUGCCGCUGUUUCCUGGAGCGUCAGAGUUUGAUCUCCUCAGGAGGAUGAUUAAAAUUCUUGGGGGACAGCCUCCUGAUUAUGUACUUAAAGAGGCCAAAAACACCAAUAAAUUUUUUAAAUGUGUUGCGACUGUCAAUUCUGAAGACGGUGGUCAGUUUCCUAUGAGUAGGCAGAGUGCUUUUCAACCGUUGACAGAAGAAGAAUUUGAAGUUAGGGAAUUAAAGAAGCCUUCGAUUGGCAAGGAGUAUUUCAACCAUAUGAACCUUGAAACAAUUGUAAGAAAAUACCCUUACAGGAAAAACUUAGCAGAGGAAGAUAUCAUUAAAGAGAGUCAAGUACGUUUGGCACUGAUUGAUUUUUUGAGGGGACUUGUUGAGUUUGAUCCAACAAAACGGUGGUCGCCCAUGCAGGCAUCUAAACACCCUUUUGUGACCGGGGAACCUUUCACAGGCCCUUAUCAACCUGCUCCUGAGACCCCUCGCUUGCCUGUUUCUCAAAAUGUGAAGAUUGAUCAUCAUCCAGCUGGAGGUCAUUGGUUUGCUGCUGGUCUGUCUCCUAAUAUUCCAGGUGGAAACAGACUCGGCUUUCACAAUAGCCCACAUUAUCAAGCGGUGCCAUAUUCACAUGCAGGCAGCUAUGGAAGUUUAGGAAGCCACGGUAGCUAUAAUGAUGGUGCAGCUCUUGGAAGCAGCUAUGGGAGCUAUGGGGACAAUAGCAAUAUGCAUGCAUUCUAUUCACCUGUAGGCCCAUCAGGGAUGAAUAUUCAUGCACAUUGUGGUGUGCCGAUACUGGGGACUAGUCCUGAUGCAAGAAGAAGGAUUAUUCAAAAUCCACAUGCAAAUGGACUAGGUGUCAGCCCUUCAGGAAACUUUGCACCUAUGUCCCUUGGAACUAGUCCAUCCCAGUUUACACCUCCAAGUACUUACGGUCAAGUUUUGGGGGGAUCCCCUGGACAGUAUGGUCCAAGCUCUCCAGCACGUGGGAGCAGUCAUGGUUCACCCUUAGGUAAAAUGGCUGCAACAAGCCAAUUUCAGAGAAGAAAAAAUUGGGUACAUCAAACUCAGGAAAGUUCAUCCCCUCAUUGGAAAGGGCAGUAUCCUGAUGGUAGCAUCUCUAGCCAAGCUGAGGGAAGCUCGCCUGUACAUGGUUCUUCAUUGCAUAUACACCCGAGUACAAAUGCUGCGAAUUGGAGGCAUCAACAAGGUGGUGGCGUUGUCUACUCUGCCUCUCAUAACAACUCUAAUUGGUCGAUGCCUGGUUCAAGUGCACAGUUCCCUCAUCUCAAGGGUGUGAAUCAGGAAAAGCUCGAGGCUAGUAACUCACUGCCUGAUCCCGGAGACUGGGAUCCAAAUUACAGCGAUGAACUCCUUCUGCAAGAGGAUUCUUCCGUAGUAAGUGGACUGGAAAAUGAAUUUAGCAAGGGAAUGCAUCUCAGUCAAGCUUUGGGUCCUACUGAAACAUUGAUUGGGGGAAAAAGAGUCGGUGGCACCUUAAACACAAGUUCAAAUAUGAUGAUGCAAAGGCCAACCGGUCAAGUCUUAACAUAUGGAGAAGUUGCUAGUUCUUCAUCUUUUGAUCCACAGGGUGGGUACAUGCACCAUCCAGCAAAGCCUCCACACUUCUUGCCUCAUUUUCAACAGAACUCUCCAAGCCGUUUUGGACAGCAGCCUGGUCAGCAGUUUGAUUAUGGGAGAUCUGCAUCUGUUCAUGGAGCUGAGUGGAAUCAUCUAAAGGUUCAGGCUCCUCUGUCGAGCUUUAGCUACGGGGGUCCCAGAUCUCCUGGCAGCAGCAGCAGCGUGCCAUGGGGACGGCGCGGGAACCAUCCAGUUGCCAGUAUACCCCCAACUUCUCGUGGAAGAAAAGACUAUGGAAAAAUUUCUUGAUGCCUGCAGUCAUAUCCCUAGAUGCAAAGAUUAAUGUCAGAGGUGGAAUUAAAUUUGUAUCUUAUGGUUUUGCAUGCCUUUUGUGUUCAUGUAACAAAAGUCGCAUCAAAUCAUGUCAUUCAUUGUGCUUGCAACUUAUAUAAAUAUUACUCUGGCUACUUCUGAUCAUUUGAUGCAUUCUUUAUGAGCAUCAUGGUGGUGGUUUUUUUUUAUUCUUCCAGAUUUUAGGAUGACAUUUUUUCAUGGAUAUUAUAUAUACUUGAAAACUUUCGAUAUC